AUUUUGUGAUUGAGACGAGGAUGUCUCGCAAACCAGUGACGAAGAAAAUAAUUAACUCCCCGGAGAACUGCGUGGAUGACAACCUGCGCGGGGUGGUGGCCACUUACCCCAUGCUGCAGCUGCACCCCAAGCACCGCGUCAUCACCGUCCGGACCAAGGUAGAUUCCAAACGAGUCGCAGUCCUCGGAGGUGGCGGUUCAGGCCAUGAGCCGUUUGCAGGAGGUCUGGUGGGAGGCGGCAUGCUGGACGGAGCGGUGGCGGGCGGCGUGUUCGCUUCGCCACCCACGGGGCACGUGCUCUACGGGAUCGCUCAGCUCUACAAGUACAAUUCGGGUGGCGUGAUUGUUAUAAUUGGCAAUUACACUGGAGACAGGCUAAACUUUGGGAAAGCUAUAGAAAAAGCAAAGAUCGCUGGCAUAAAGGUGGAGGGUCUUAUCGUUGGCGAGGAUCUUGCUUCGAGUCACAACAAAACCGGAGGAAGGAGCAUGUGUGGAGAAGUCUUCUUUUACAAGUUGUGCGGAGCUAUGGCGGAGAAGCGUUAUGAUUUGGCUACCAUACGGAAAAUAGCUGCUGAAGCCAAUGAAUCCAUGGCCACGCUGGGGGUCUGCCUGAGUGCCUGUUCAUUGCCAGGACAACCGCCGCUGUUCGAGAUAGCUGAUGAUGAGAUGGAACUAGGCGCGGGAGUGCACGGUGAAGCGGGAAUCAAGAAGAUGAAGCUGGGAACAGCCAAAGAAACUGUUUCCAUGAUACUUGACCAGGUUGUUGCACGUCUUAAACUGAAGUCUGGAGAGAGAGUGGCCGUCAUGAUCGAUAACUUGGGAGGCACCUCGUUCAUGGAGAUGAAUAUCAUCAGUGCAGAAACAAAGGAUUAUUUAAAUAGCAAGAAAAUCAUAGUGGAACGGAUAUACUCUGGACACCUAAAGACGUCGCUAGAGAUGCACGGCUUCCAGAUUUGCCUGCUGCACCUAAACCAGGCGCGAGGAGACUUAUGGUUGGAGUUGUUGGACGCACCAACCGCCGCUGUGGGCUGGGUAGGCGGUGCCGCAUCCAGGCGUUGUGACGAGCCACAUGGGGAUGAUGAUACGCUGUUACAAAGCGAUGGCAAGAAGAUUGCAACUGGUCCCUCCUUAUCGCCUAAAGAACAAGAACUGUUCAAAAGUAGUCUUAGGAAGGCAGCCGAAGAAUUAGUCAAGCAAGAAGGACUUUUGAACAGGCUGGACUCAGGGUGCGGAGACGGAGACUGCGGUAUAACGAUCAAGAAAUUCGCAUUUGCAAUUCUAUCAUACCUGAAAACGGCAUCCGUGGAGUUCCCAUGCAACGUGCUGUGGGACCUCUCAGAGAUCGCAGAAACCGAUAUGGGUGGCACCUCGGGCGGCAUCUACAGCCUGGGCUUAUCAGCAGCAUCUCAAGCUUUCGCCAGUGCGAGUGCAGUCGACGCGGCAUCUUGGCUCGCCGCGUGGGAGGGCGCCAUGCACGCCAUCACUAAAUACGGGGGCGCCGAGCCGGGAGACAGAACUAUGUUGGAUACUCUCCACGCGGCGGCCACGGCGUUCAAGCAGAGCUUGUCGAAAGGCCUGAAGACAGCGCUUGCGCGGGCUGACGAGGCGGCCGAACAAGGCGCCCGCGGCACCGCCGGCAUGGUUGCCAGUGCAGGACGCGCGUCGUACGUGGCGGCGGGCUACACGAGCGACGAGGACGCGGGCGCGCGCGGCGCCGCCGUGUGGCUGCACUCCAUUCUCACCUCUGUUGCCAAUACAUGCUGAAAUCGCA